AUCACAACGGGAUAAUCUUGAUAAAUACUCGUGGCACGAAUACAAUCAGGGAAGCAUGGAUCAGGAGGUAUACUCGUGGGGUCUUGUGAUCGUGGUGGCACGAUUCUUCUCGUUCUGUCUGGACCUCGGAAUCACCAAAUCAUUCGGCGUAAUGAUCCCCGAGAUGGUAGAGCAGUUCCAAGUCUCAAAUGCUACAAUAGGAUUUGUGACGACAUUUACACCCGCAACCACAUACCUUGCAUCGCCCAUUGCAAUGCUGAUUCUAAAGUCUGGAGGAAACCAGAGGUUGCUGACAUCUUGCGGUGGAUUGUGUGCCGGACUUGCACUGGUGUUGUCUUUCUUUUCAAGGAAUGUCAUAUCGCUCUCCUUUCUGUUUUUCCUGUCAGGAUUUUCCUGCUCGUUAAUCAAUCUUCACGCCACCAUCCUCAUCUUUCAGUACUACGGAGGUACAGACCAAUUUGCCUUCUUCAGUUGCGUGACUGUUUUAGGUAUUCCCUUUGGAUCCAUGAUAAUGCCACCGAUCGCUGAGAAGCUGGUAGAGGCGUAUGGAUACUCAGGCACUUUGCUCGUUUUAGGAGGGCUUGUCCUCAACCUAUUUCCUGUAUGUCUGACCUUCAAGGAACCCAGAACCCGUCAUCAGAUGGCGUCGAACAGCCUUUCUGAAAACGUAACGCUUACAUCUUCGGAUGAAGGUACUGCUAGUACGGAGGAUCCAAACGCCACUUCUGAAAGGUUGUAUGAGCGCGAUCCUCCAUUGCUGCAGAACCGUGCCAUGUCAGAUCAUGAUCCAGAAGAUCAGAAUCUACCAGAGUCCGACUGUGACCAAGAAACCUUAGCACUGAUUGACGAACAAGCAAGCAAUGGCGGACUAAGUACCUUUCAGUCAGUUUUGACAAGUCUGCAUGUAUACAUCUUAGUGGAAGAACCCUUGUUUACGUUCCUAUACCUCCAAAUCGAGUUGACACUGUUCCUUGCAACGGGCGGAUGGGCUGUCUUUAACGUUUCAUAUGGUCUAUCCCAAGGCCUCAGCCUGGCUCAAUCAACUUUCCUCGCCACCGCCGGUGGUACCGGUGGGCUUGUAGCCUCAAUCCUCGUGUCCAUCGUACUCAGAUACCACCCUGACUGGUGCCCGCAGGCCCACCUCACCGGUCUCGUCACAGCCAGCCUGUUUUGCUUCCUGCAAACUUUCCAAGCAACCUACAUUUACCUGUUGAUGACUUCGUUUAUGAUCGGAGUGGGGCUCUUUACCGGGAACAUGACCAUGGAGCCCCUCCUGGCCUUGGUAGUUCGACCUGAGAAUUUCCCCGAUGGCUCUAGCGUCUAUAAGUUAAUGCUAGGGUUGGGCUACGUCCUUUCAGGAUACAUAGCAGGAACCAUCCAUGAUCGCACACAGAGCAUGAAAACAGUCUUCAUUUUUCUUGGCGUUGUCCUCUUGUUGGGAGUUUGUUUGAUGGCCACCCUCAUCAUGUGUAUGUACCGCAGACGAACCAGGGACCCGGAGAAAUGAAUUACAUUUCAGCAUUAUUAUCUCGAGUUGUCACUGCCAUCCCAAUAAACAGAACACUAAAAAAUAACCUCUUUUGGUAGUGUAUUCUAAAUGAUUUUAAAGUAUGGUGCCUUUUGAACUAGAUUCAAACGUUAUCAACUCGUGCCUUCAUUUUUUGUAAAGGUACUCCUGUUCACGUUUUCAUCUCACCUAAAAAACAACCAAUUUAUCAUGCGACUGGAGUAACGUGAUUCCACUAACCUCUGUAAAUCAAGUGUUUAU